CCAAGGAGGUGUCUCAGUCUGAAGGGUAUAAAUCAAGCACCAGAACCGCAUCCGAUUACCCAUUCCCAAUCACCCAGCUCCAUCCUUGCCGCAAAGCAGCAUUCCAGAGCCAUAUAUCAACCAUAACUUAUCAAAGCCUUCAGAAAAAAGAAAAUGCAGUUCAUCGCAGUCCUUUCAGUAUGUCUGGCUCUUUCGGGCAGCUCGAUUGCUCGUCCAUCGCCCAUCUACGACAGCUCAUUUGACCCAGUUCCGUCAUUCAGCUACGCCCCUCCCUCGAUCUCCAGUUCAUUCGAAUCCAGUCACCAAGAUUCACACUCCAGUGGCUCAACGACAACAAUCACCCCGUCGGGGACCGAACAAACCGCAUACGACUCUGCUCGCACCGCCGACCAAAGCCAUUCUACCAUCAGCUACGCAAAGGAUGCUAGGCCGGACCCCGCAUCCGUUGGAUAUUCGCAGCCUGAGCAGUAGAGCCGUCAGCCGUCGGUCAUGUGGUCGCCGAAACGGUAGGACUCUUUGACGCAUGCAGGAUUGGAUUGUUGCUCGGCGCUUGAUAGUUUCUCAAUCUGCUCUCAUGGCCUGGCUUUACUUUCCGUCCAUCACCUCAUACUUCCAUACUUGUACACUUGCAGCAUACUUUAUAUAUUCGCUUCCUCGCGGACGGGACUCUUGAUUGUUCUUCCCCCUUAACCGCAUACAUUUGUGUGAUGGCUCAUCUGUCCAACGGACCCUAAUUUAUGAUAACUUACGUCUCGGGAGAU